GCCGCCGUCGGGGCAUAUUCGUUGCUGGGCUCUCGUGGCGAGUAAGCGUGUACGUCGUCUUUCAUUCGAUAAUCGCAGUAAUCUCCGAAAAGGUUCGACAAACUACCGAGCAACAUGAGGGAAAUCGUUCAUAUUCAAGCCGGCCAGUGCGGCAACCAAAUUGGCGCAAAGUUUUGGGAAAUAAUCAGCGACGAGCAUGGCAUCGACCCAACUGGCACUUAUCACGGCGACUCCGACCUGCAGUUGGAGAGAAUCAACGUGUACUACAACGAAGCAUCCGGCGGAAAAUAUGUGCCGCGUGCCAUUCUCGUCGACCUGGAGCCGGGAACGAUGGACUCCGUUCGCUCGGGACCCUUCGGACAGAUUUUCAGACCCGACAACUUCGUCUUCGGUCAAUCCGGAGCUGGCAAUAACUGGGCGAAAGGACAUUACACCGAGGGCGCCGAGUUGGUCGACUCCGUCCUCGAUGUGGUCAGGAAAGAGGCCGAGAGCUGCGACUGCCUGCAAGGAUUCCAGCUGACCCAUUCCCUUGGCGGCGGUACCGGAUCCGGCAUGGGCACUCUGCUCAUCUCGAAGAUCCGCGAGGAAUACCCCGACAGAAUUAUGAACACGUACUCGGUCGUACCGUCUCCCAAAGUAUCCGACACCGUCGUCGAACCGUACAACGCGACGCUCUCCGUUCAUCAGCUGGUCGAGAACACGGACGAGACUUACUGCAUCGACAACGAAGCCCUUUACGAUAUUUGCUUCCGCACUCUGAAACUGUCGACGCCUACGUACGGUGACUUGAACCAUCUCGUCUCCCUCACAAUGUCCGGUGUCACCACCUGCCUCAGGUUCCCCGGUCAGUUGAACGCUGAUCUGAGGAAACUCGCCGUAAACAUGGUACCGUUCCCUCGUCUCCACUUCUUCAUGCCAGGCUUCGCGCCUCUCACAUCCCGCGGCAGCCAGCAGUACAGAGCACUCUCCGUGCCGGAGCUCACCCAGCAAAUGUUCGACGCGAAGAACAUGAUGGCCGCUUGCGAUCCCAGGCACGGAAGGUACCUCACGGUAGCAGCCAUCUUCCGUGGCAGAAUGUCGAUGAAGGAGGUCGACGAGCAGAUGCUCAACAUUCAGAACAAGAACAGCUCCUACUUCGUCGAAUGGAUCCCGAACAACGUGAAGACCGCCGUCUGCGACAUCCCACCCCGCGGCCUGAAGAUGUCCGCCACCUUCAUCGGCAAUUCCACCGCCAUCCAGGAACUGUUCAAGCGAAUCUCCGAACAGUUCACCGCCAUGUUCAGGAGAAAAGCUUUCCUUCAUUGGUACACCGGCGAAGGUAUGGACGAGAUGGAAUUCACCGAGGCCGAAUCGAACAUGAACGACCUGGUGUCCGAGUAUCAGCAAUACCAGGAGGCUACUGCCGACGAAGACGCCGAAUUCGACGAGGAACAGGAAGCAGAGGUCGACGAGAACUAAGCAUCUACGCUCUUCGCUAUACGUACUAUCUACUAUCGUCAACCCUUCGUCGAUGUCUCUCUCUCUUUCUCUCUGUUUGUUCUUAGAUAGCUUUUUAAU